AUGCGAGUACCCGACAUCCUAUCAGCUUUCACACUGAAUGUGGUUUUGGCUUUGUUAUCGAUGAUAAUGGCUAUAGUAGCUCUUGCACUUCUGCUCUUCGUCCUUGCCAAGACGGAAUCCGAGGAGGUGGUUUCGAACAAAGUCAGCUCUAUGCUGCGAGCAGAAAGAUCAGUCGUUGAGAAGUCCAUUGCUAGUUCUUCCCCGUCGUCAUUUGUGACUGAUUCUGGAAUAUCGGACGAGGAUUACUCAUUGGACACUAGAAAUUUCCAUGAUAGUACACCCAAGGAACAUAGGACGGACACAGUCGUAGAAAGUUCUGGUUGGACUGAGGAAGAAGGAGCAAUCGAACCAUUGGCUCAAAAAAUCACUGUUGGUUUUGAAUGCGGUUCAAGUGCAUCGCUGUGCUGA